UGGCACGCAGCUGCGCACCUCCUCCCGGGGCGCCGUUGUUUCAUUUGCGCCAUUUUGUCCGCUCACUUUGUUGAUUGGGCUUUAGCGAGCUGUACUGGAGCCAAUCAGAGGGAAACCGGACAGCGAAGACACGAGAGGAGGAUUGUGACAGUAAUAAGCUAUGGAGCAGUACACCACUGCCACCACUACUACUGGGGAGCAGAUAGUUGUGCAGACUGCCAAUGGACAGAUCCAGCAGCAGACACAGGGCACAGUGACGGCUGUGCAGCUGCAAACAGAAGCGCCAGUGGUGACGGCCUCAGGCCAGCAGGUGCAGACACUCCAGGUAGUCCAGGGCCAGCCUCUGAUGGUCCAGGUGAGCGGUGGGCAGCUCAUCACAUCAUCGGGGCAACCCAUCAUGGUGCAGGCCAUGUCAGGGGGUCAGGGGCAAACCAUAAUGCAGGUCCCGGUAUCUGGAGCUCAGGGACUACAGCAGAUCCAGCUGGUGCAGCCUGGUCAGAUCCAGUUGCAGGGCGGGCAGACUCUUCAGCUCCAGGGCCAGCAGGGUCAGCCCCAGCAGAUCAUUAUCCAGCAGCCCCAGACAGCCAUCACUGCUGGACAAAACCAGGGACAGCAAAUCAGCGUGCAGGGCCAGCAGGUGGCACAGACAGCUGACGGGCAGACAAUCGUCUACCAGCCUGUCAAUGCAGAUGGUACGGUCCUGCAGCAGGGGAUGAUCACAAUUCCAGCUGCCAGCUUGGCCGGCGCCCAGAUUGUACAGGCAGGAGGUGCCAACACCAACACAACUAACAGCGGCCAAGGCACUGUGACCGUCACCCUGCCUGUCUCCGGGAACAUGGUCAAUGCAGGUGGAAUGGUCAUGGUAAGACCCUGUGCAGAGAUGGUGCCAGGAGGUGGCGGCGUUCCCACAAUGCAGCGUAUCCCCCUGCCAGGGGCUGAGAUGCUCGAGGAGGAGCCUCUCUAUGUCAAUGCCAAACAAUACCAUCGUAUCCUGAAGCGACGACAGGCCCGGGCAAAGCUGGAGGCUGAGGGCAAGAUUCCCAAAGAAAGGAGGAAAUACCUGCAUGAGUCUCGCCACCGCCACGCUAUGCAGCGUAAGCGAGGAGAUGGAGGCCGUUUCUUUUCCCCUAAAGACAAGGAGGAAAUGGCUUUGGCCCUGUCACAGGUGUGACAAGAAGCUGUGUGUAGAAUAUCAUCACCUGCAUAUCAUCACUCACAGCAGGACGUGGCCCAGGCAGCAGCAGAUGAGACGGUGGCUCAGAUGAUCCGAGUCUCGUAGCACUGUCGCCAAUAUCAUCACUUCUGUCUGUGAAGUCUACCCUGCCUGAAACUCUUCUCCCCAGCUAAACCAUCUGCCACACCUUCCCUCAUUUUUUCUCCCUCCUGCCCCACCGUCGCACACCAAACGAAAGCUCCUCCACUGGGUUUUUUCUGUUGUCGCUCUGCUUCUUCACUGGUCUUCCAGGGAGCUGGCCAUGUGGCUGCUGAGCCUGUGAACUGGUCUUCUUCUGUGAAAUGGAGGAUGCUUCCAUGCUCAGCUUUACUGGUCAAGCACUUAGGACCAGCUUUUUAUUUUCCUAAUGAUUUAUUUGGACAGUGAUGAACAUGAAGUCAUGGGCAACCAGGAUCAGUGACACAGAGGAAAUGACAGCUGUGAAGCCAUACUCUGUCAGACCCUGGUCUGUUUAAAAAUAUGAGAAUUUGUCACUAGUGGAUACUUGUUGCUUUAAAUAUUUUUUUGUAAAUGGUACAGAUUUUUUUUUUUUUUUUUUUUUUCAAAAAGACACUGGUUAAGCCUUGAUGCUACAUUAGUGUCCUUUAUCUUUUAUGUGAUGAUUUCAUAUUUUUUCCCCAACCCAUGUAUUGUGGGGGAUGGACUCAGCAUUUUAAGUACAACAUGCGUCCACUGAGCAAAAACUGAAACGUGAUACUAAUGUGAAAAUGUUGUACAGAAAUUCUUUUCUUCCCCAGUGUGUGUUGGAUGUACUUACUAAUAGACCCAAUUCUGUGGAUACAUUUUAUACAAUUUGUAGUUAGACUUGGUGUUUGUAGGAAAACAAAUUGCUCAGUGUUGCAUCACAUUUCACAUUCUAUCCAUAUACUUACUUUAUUGGUCAGUCCACCUAAGUGUUUGGUUUGUUUCAUUGU